AUGGCUGACGAAGACCACCAUUUCGAAACCGCUGAUGCAGGUGCUGCUAUGACCUUCCCAAUGCAAUGUUCUGCAUUGAGAAAGAACGGUCACGUUGUUAUCAAGGGUAGACCUUGUAAGAUUGUUGACAUGUCUACCUCCAAGACUGGUAAGCACGGUCACGCCAAGGUUCACUUGGUUGCCAUUGAUAUCUUCACUGGUAAGAAGUUGGAAGAUUUGUCUCCAUCUACCCACAACAUGGAAGUCCCAAACGUCCAAAGAACCGAAUACCAAUUGUUGGACAUUGAUGACGGUUACUUGUCUUUGAUGACCCAAGACGGUGACACCAAGGAUGACGUUAAGUUGCCAGAAGGUGAAUUGGGUGAAAAGAUCCAAGCUGACUUUGACGAAGGAAAGGAUUUGUUGGUCACCAUUUUGACCGCUAUGGGUGAAGAAGCUGCUGUCUCCCAAAAGGAAGCUCCUAAGUCUUAA